GAUGUAUUUUUUUUCCAUAGUAUGUGACUGUGAUACGCGUCGUUGCUUCUUUUUUUUUCUCGAGUUCCUUUUCCAGUUGGCAUGAUUUUUAUUUAGUUUCUUCUUUUCAUGCUUUCCCGAAUCAAUCCUACAUUAUUCAAAAACAUGAUCGUCAAGCCCGUAAACUGUCUCAAAGACAAUUAUGCAUAUAUUAUUCUUUGUGAAAAGUCAAAGCAAGCUGCUGCUGUAGACCCUGUUGAGCCUGAAAACGUAUUGAAAGCUAUGGAAGAUUUCCCAGAUUACAAAUUAUCAAUGAUUCUUACCACGCAUCAUCAUUGGGAUCAUGCAGGCGGUAACCCCAAACUUUUGAAGCAAAAGAGUGGAUUAGAUUGUUAUGGCGGAUCAAAGCAAGUGGACGGUGUCAAACAUAUAUUAAAGGACGGUGACACUGUACAAUUAGGCGAGUUGAAUAUUCGGGCUUUAUCCACCACGGGACAUACAAUGGACCACCUUUGUUACUACAUUGAUCAUGAAGACGAUCGUGCUGUUUUUACAGGCGACUGUUUGUUUUCUUCGGGAUGCGGUAGAUUCUUUGAGGGAACACCUAGCGAUAUGCACAAGGCUUUUUCAAAGUUAGUCGAGUUACCUGAUGACACCAAGGUCUAUUUCGGUCAUGAAUAUACCAUCAGUAAUUUAAAGUUUGCUCAGCAUGUCGAACCCGAAAACAAGGAUGUGGCCGACAAAUUAGCCUGGGCACAGCGUAUUGGCUGUACCACACCUUCCUCCAUGGCCAAUGAGAAAUUAACUAACCCGUUUUUAAGGGUGAAGCAAGUCGCUAAAAACGUGGUUAAAGACCCUAAAAAUGCAUCCGAGAUUGAUGUUUUAGGUGAGCUUCGUAAAAUGAAGGACAAUUUUUAAAUGGGGAACAAAUAAAUUAAAAAAAAUAUAUAUUUGGUUUUUUUUUAUUA